AAAUAGAGUAAAAAGAGGUUGUGUUGUGUUGUGGUUGUGAUUUUUGUGAAAUUAGAAAUUACGUUCUUUCAAAAAUAAGCUAUGGUAAACUUAUAAUUGAGAGAAACAACGAAAUCGCGAUUAUGGCCGCGUGUGUUAUUGAAAUCCCUCUCCGGGAUACGGACGAGGUGAUUGAGCUUUACCCGGACCAGCUACCACAAGCGGAAGAUGUUCUUGGCAUUUUGCGCCAAGAAAAUACCCAGUUGUCCAUUUGGGUUAAUCUUGCAUUGGAAUACUAUAAACAGAACCAAAUUGAUAACUUCCUUAAGAUUUUGGAAGCUUCACGCACCGAUGCUAGUACAGAUUACAGGGACUAUGAAAAAGAUCAGAUGCGAGCUCUUGACAUGCUUGCUGCAUAUUAUGUGCAGGAAGCCAACAGAGAAAAAAAUAAGGAUAAGAAAAGAGAACUUUUUACCAAAGCAACAUUACUUUAUACUACUGCUGAUAAAAUUAUUAUGUAUGACCAGAAUCACUUACUUGGUAAAGCCUAUUUUUGCCUACUCGAAGGCGACAAAAUGGAACAGGCAGAUGCUCAAUUCAAUUUUGUACUUAAUCAAGUCCCAAACAAUAUCCCAUCAUUGCUUGGUAAAGCUUGCAUAGCAUACAAUAAAAAAGACUAUAGAGGAGCUUUAGCUUUUUAUAAAAAAGCCUUAAGGACAAAUCCCAGUUGUCCAGCCGCUGUUAGACUAGGUAUGGGUCAUUGUUUUAUGAAAUUAGGCCAGCAAGAAAAGGCACGUUCAGCAUUUGCAAGAGCUUUAGACUUAGACCCAAAAUGUGUUGGUGCUUUAGUUGGUCUUGCAAUUCUAAAACUUAACCAACAAAUUCCAGAAACAAUCAAAAGUGGAGUACAAAUGUUAUCGAAAGCUUACACAAUUGACUCCUCAAAUCCUAUGGUUCUAAAUCAUCUAGCGAACCAUUUUUUCUUCAAAAAAGACUACUGCAAAGUGACCCAUUUAGCUUUGCACGCCUUUCACAACACAGAGAAUGAAGCCAUGAGAGCUGAGAGCUGUUACCAACUAGCCAGAGCGUUUCACGUUCAAGCUGAUCACGAUCAGGCUUUUCAAUAUUACUAUCAAGCUACACAAUUUGCACCAGUGGCUUUUGUUUUGCCACAUUUUGGCUUGGGUCAAAUGUAUAUCUAUAGAGGCGAUACAGAAAAUGCUGCACAAUGUUUCGAAAAGGUUCUCAAGGUGCAACCUGGUAAUUAUGAAACUAUGAAGAUUUUGGGUUCAUUGUAUGCCAAUUCAAAUUCUCAAUCUAAAAGGGAUAUUGCCAAAAGUCAUUUAAAGAAAGUUACUGAACAAUUUCCUGGUGAUAUUGAGGCAUGGAUUGAGUUGGCUCAAAUUUUGGAACAAUCAGACUCGCAAGGGUCUCUGAGCGCCUAUGGAACUGCCAUAAAUAUUUUAAAGAAGGAUGUGCAAGCUGAAAUUCCAACUGAAAUUUUAAACAAUGUUGCAGCUUUACAUUACAGAACUGGAAAUUUAGAAGAAGCCAAGAAAACAUUAGAGGAAGCACUGGAAAGAGCCAAGCAUGAAGUCCAACACGAUCCUCAAUAUUACAACAGUAUUUCUGUUACCAUAAAAUACAAUUUGGCACGACUUAAUGAAGCAUUAUGUUCGUUUGAUAAAUCGGAAAAGCUUUAUAAAGAUAUUUUGAAGGAACAUCCUAAUUAUGUUGAUUGUUAUUUGAGGUUAGGUUGCAUGGCAAGAGACAAAGGCCAUAUAUAUGAAGCAUCAAAUUGGUUCAAAGAAGCCCUAAGUAUCAAUUCUGAUCAUCCUGAUGCCUGGUCUUUGCUGGGAAAUCUUCAUUUGGCCAAGGCCGAAUGGGGACCAGGGCAGAAAAAAUUCGAGAGAAUCUUAAAAAAUCCUUCUACAUCCCAAGAUUCCUAUUCAUUAAUAGCUUUAGGCAAUGUCUGGUUGCAAACUCUUCACCAACCUUCACGAGAUAAAGAAAGCGAAAAGCGACAUCAAACUAGGGCGUUGUCAAUGUACAAGCAAGUUUUUAAAGUAGAUCCGAGAAACAUUUGGGCUGCUAAUGGAAUUGGGGCUGUGCUUGCUCAUAAAGGUGCAGUCAACGAGGCCAGAGAUAUAUUUGCACAAGUACGAGAAGCCACUGCUGAUUUUUCUGAUGUCUGGUUGAAUAUUGCUCAUGUUUAUGUUGAACAAAAGCAAUUUGUCAGUGCAAUUCAAAUGUAUGAAAAUUGCUUGAGAAAAUUCUUCAAAUACAAUAACGUAGAGGUUUUGCAAUAUUUAGCAAGAGCUUAUUUCAAAGCAAAUAAGUUGAAAGAGGCAAAAAUGGUACUGCUAAAAGCCAGGAGAGUUGCACCACAGGAUACCCUUUUGCUUUAUAAUAUCGCUCUAGUUUUACAAAGGUUAGCGAUGCAAAUAUUGAAGGACGAAAAAUCGACUUUGCAGAUUGUUUUGCAAGCAGUACAUGAACUAGGAUUAUCUUUGAAGUAUUUCAUGUAUCUUGUCGAAUGCGAUGAUAAGACAAAGUAUGACGUUAACGUGGCAAAAUCGGAAGCACAACAAUGCAAAGAUUUAUUGUCUCAAGCUCAAUACCAUGUUGCUAGAGCAAGAAGAGUGGAUGAAGAAGACAGGAUGCUAAGGAGAAAGCAAGAUGAAGAACGUACCGCUUUCAAGAUGAAGCAGAUGGAAGAACAGCAAAAACAAGAAGAAGAAAGACGACUCACAAAGGAACAAAUGUUACAAAAACGUCAGGAGUACAAGGAAAAAACAAAGAAUGCUCUACUCUUCCAGGAAAUGCCUUCAGAAAAAAAAUCGAAAGGAGGCAGAGGUAGAAGAGAUGUCUAUGUGUCUGAUUCGGGUAGUGAUAAUGGCAAUAAUGCGGGACCACCUCGCGAGAAAAAAGAAAGUGCACGUAAAAAAAGCGGCGAAGGAAGAAAACGAGGCAGAAAAAGCCAAAGAGGUAGAGGUCACAAUUCUGACAGCAGCGGAGGUGACAGGCCCAAAGGCAAGAAGAGCCGCAAAGAGAAGAAACCCAACAAAGAUGACGGUCUUAGUGCCAAACAAAAGAGCAGAAUUAGAUCUAAGGCUACAAUCUCUACUAGUGAAGAUGACAGUGAUAAUGAGAAACGCCCAAGACCAAGCAGUGACGAAAGCGAUUCUGCAAAACGUGAACCAAAGAAACGACGCAUUUCUUCUGGUUCAGAAUCUGACAGAUCAAGAAGUCGAUCGCGAAGCAAAUCAAGAUCCCGAUCGCGAAGCAAAUCAAGAUCUAUAUCCAGGGGAGGAUCAAGAUCUAGAAGCGGCUCAAGGUCCAAGAGCCGAUCAAGAUCUAAGAGUAGGUCAAGAUCCAGAUCUAAAAGCGGAUCCAGAUCCAAAAGUGGAUCUAAAUCAAAGAGCAGAUCUAGGUCCGGAUCCAAAAGUGGAUCUAGAUCAAGGAGUAGAUCAAAAAGUGCUUCCAGAGAGAGGUCCAGAUCAAUAUCCAGGAGCCAUUCAAGGUCGAGAAGUCCCUCUCGCAGUAAAUCAAGAUCUAAAAGCCAUAGUAGAUCCAAAUCAAGAUCUAAAAGCCGUAAUAGAUCCAAAUCCAGAUCAAAAUCUGCGUCCAGAUCAAGAUCUAGAUCAAAAUCUAAGUCCAGAUCGAGAUCGGGAUCUAAAAGUGACUAGGUACCUACACCAUAAUAAUUCGUUUCUCCUUUUAUUUUUAUGACUUCAGAAUGGGACAUUUGGUUUUUUAUCCCAUUUUUCAUUGAAACUGAUUAUUACUUAGGGUGGGUAUUCUUAAUAACAGUAUAACUUCAAGUUGACUGGAAAAAAAAACACAUUUAUAUAACAUGGUUUUUUUAAUUUUUAAUUGAGUUAUCAUAAAAUGUAAAUAAUAAUAAAUAGUAGGGUAGUAAGUAACAUAUUUUGCGUUUUAUUUUGAAAAUACAAAAAGUAGAAAAUGUGUUUCGUUGUACAUUAUAUAGAGUCCCCUAAAAGUAUAUAUGAAUUAAGAGUAUAUUAUACUUAAUUAUAUUAUUGGUUAUUUUCCGUAAUACAUUCAAUAAAUAGUUUAUAAUUACCAAUUAUUGAGUUGAGAGAACCUGUACAAAGUUCUUCUAUAUUUAAAUUGCAGAUGUAUUAUAUAUUUGCAGAUUGGAUUAAAUGCUAGUAAAAUUAGUACCUAUUAAAAUUCGGAUAAUAUUGAUAACAAAAUGUAUAAAGGAUGACAUUUACAAACACAAAAGCUUAUCCUAAAUAGUUAACGAUGAAUGCUAGCAACCUCUGGAAAUUACAGCUUUGGUAAAUAAGAAAACUUUAACUGUUGUCACUUAGUUUGCUUCCAAAUGUUGAGCAAAUCUAUUUGCAUACAGUAAAUUUCUCAAAAAUAGUUUCUGAAAUGCUCCUCAAUUUCUUAACUAGUUUUGGUGGCAAUCUUGGGUUAGUUAGAGUGGUAAUUGCAAUUAGUGUUACAAAGGGUAAUACAUUUCAGAUUUUUGGCUUUGAUGUUACUUGAGUGACAUUGUUUAUUUAAGAAAUUUGCUGAUUUGAGCAAUUUAAUCAAUUCAGGCGCAGCAAGAUAUUUAUUAUCUAUGCCUAAAAGUGAUUUACUAUUGGUAAGAUCUAUUAAAGUAAAAAAUUGAGUUUAAGACAAAAUUUCUUAUAUUGUAUUAGAUAGGCAUUAUUUUUGACACCUUUGGUAUGUAUAAUUUAUUCCUACAACAAACAGUUAUUGUAGCUAAUAAAUUUGUUCUUACAUUUUUGAGACACCCUGUAUGAAUUCAAACCGAAUUUUGUACAAACAGGGAUUACACUAUACAGGGUGUCCCACAAUCAACGUUACAGGCCAUAACUUUCUUAUUUUCAAAAAUAAAAAUUUGAAACAAAAAAAAUUAUUAAUGGCGAAUUAAGCUCUCUUCAAAAAUAUUAAAAAAUCAUCCCUUGAAAAAAUCAUCCCCCAUUUACAGCCCUUGACUUUUUUUUUUUUUUUCAAAUGGCACCCCUAUUAUUUUUUUUUAUUUUUGAGAAGCUUAUGAAAUUACAAAUUUGUAUGGUGUAUAAUAAGUUUGUUUUUCCAUGUCUCUUGGGGGAAAAAAAUGGGUGUUCCACCCUUAGUCUUAUACAGGCAAUCACAUUUUUGUCUACAAAAAUAAGAAUAUGACAAAAAAAAAAUUAAUUGUGUGCAAAUUAACCCCUUUUCAAGAAUAUUAAAAAAAUCUUCCCUAACAAAAUCAUCCCCUUAAAACAACUCUUGCCUUUUUUUUCAAAUAGAACCCCAUUAUUAUUAUUUUCAUUUUUGAUUUUUUUUUCCAACGAAACAUGGAAAAACAAACUUUUCAUGCAUACAUCAUUGAAUUUGCAAUUUCAUGAACUUCUCAAAAAUAAAAAAAAAAUUAGGGGUGCCAUUUGAAAAAAAAAAAGUGAAGGGUUGUAAAUAGGGGAUGAUUUUGUCAGGGGAAGAUUUUUUUAUAUUUUUGAAGAGAGCUUAAUUAACCAUUAGUCUUUUUUUUUUUCAAAUUUUUAUUUCUAAAAAUAAGAAAGUUAAGGCCUGUAACGCUGAUUGUGGGACACCCUGUAUAGGGCGAUCAUUAAAGUGUUCAAUAAUGUGUUGUAAAAUAGUUGAAAAUUUAAAUCACUUUAUUGAACAUAACGUUUCCUCAAAAAAAAUCCAAAGUGAUAUAACAAGGUAAUUUACGAUUAAAGUUCCUAUGGAGCAUUUCUUGAGAACGGAAAAUACAGAGCGUUGACGUUUUUUAAAUAAUAAAUGCUUGUUGGAAUAUUUCGGUACACCUAUUCUUGGGAAAUUCAAGCAUUAUUAUUAAUAUAUUAUUAUUAUUGUUGUUAACAGCAGUAAGCGGUUUAAAGAAAAACUAAUGAGACUGCCGUAUUUGUUUAGACAGCUAUUGCAUUCUUAGUUCUGAUUGUAUGGUCUAUAGACAGUAGUGCACAAAGGAGGUUGUGGCCCAACUUGUCAUUUCCUGGUCGAGGCGAUUUUUAAACUGAUUUUUGGAGGUAGAGUUUAUGGUGUCAGCGCUCAGGCGGUUCCAAUUGUAGACAACUCUAUUGUUAAGGAAAUUCCUCCUCGUGAGCUUAUUGUAUCUUUCUUUAGAAAGCUUUUGAUCGUGUCCUCUCAGAUUUAUGUUGUGGUUUAGGUGGAAGAUGUCUCUCAGGUUACAGGCAUAGUGACCGUUGAGUAUUUUAUGUGUUUCAAUGAGAUCACCUCUGAUUCUCCUGUCUCUUAAAGUUGUGAGGUUCAAUCUCAGGAGCCGUUCCUCAUAGGACAGAUUUUUAAGUUCCUGCGGUAAUCUGGUUAUUCUUCUUUGAACUCUCUCUAUCUAUGUCUUUAAUGUAGUAUGGAUUCCAGAUCGUUUGGGCAUAUUCAAGUUUUGGUCUUACAUACGACUUGUAAAGUUUCAAGAUCAUUUCCUUUGAUAAGUCUUUAAAGGCUGUCUGAAUAAGGUAGAUCAUUGAAUUAGCCUUUUUGGACAUUUGUGUGAUAUGUGUAUCCCAUUUCAGGUCAUAUGUUAAAGUGACUCCUAAGUCUCGGUUCGGGUGUUAUUUCCAUUUGUUCAAAGAAAUAGUUGAAAUUGGGAUUGUUUUGACGAAUAUGAAGGACAGUGCAUUUGUAAUCAUUCAGAGGCAUCCCCCACUUAUGUGUCCAAGCUUUAAUCUUGUUAAGGUCCAUUUGUAUUUCAACCUGAUGUAGCAGCGGAUUUGUGUAUAGGUUUCCAUCAUCAGCAAAUGUCGCAUUAUUCGUGUGAAGCCCUUGAUAGAGAUCACUUAUGUAAGUUAUAAACAGCAGCGGGCCAAGGACUGACCCCUGAGGAACACCGCUGUAUACUUUGUGCUCCUUUGAAAGUGAGGAAUCCACACGUACUUGGAAGGUACGUACAGUGAGAAAGCCUUCCAACAACCUCAGAAGUUUACCUCUAACUCCAAAAUGUUCCAAUUUAUAAAGUAAAAAUUCUGUUGGCACCUUGUCGAAUGCUUUUUCAAAAUCAAGGUAAAUUACAUCAAUUGGUUCAUGGUUAUCAUCAGCCAGGGUCCACUCAUUUAGUCUGGUUAGCAGAUUUGUUAAUGUUGAUUUUCCUGGGAGAAAGCCAUGUUGUUCAGCAGGUAAAACAUUUUCAAGCAGAAAAUCAGUGAGUUCUUUGGCUACUAUUUUUUCCAUGCAUUUACAUAGUGCACUUGUUGGACUGAUUGGUCUAUAAUUUUCUGCAUGCUGUUUGUUUCCCUUCUUGUAUUAGUACCACAGCCCUCUUCCAGGCUAAAGGGAAAUCUCCUGUGCUCAUUAUGGUGUUAAGCAAAUGAGACAAAGGCUCUUUCAGCACCUGUACACAGUUCUUGAGAAAAACUGGUGUGAUCUCAUCAGGUCCUGGACUAGAGUUUGGUUUUAGCGAUGUGGUGUGAUUGCGGUUUCUACUUUUUUUGCUGUGAAUAUGAUGUUGGUAAUUUCAGUCCAGGGCCCGGACUCCGAACCCUCGAUUCGAUAGUAUCGUCAAUAUAAAAUAGAUAGACGAUACUAUCGAAUCGUGGGUUCGGAAUCUGGGCCCUGGAGUAGGUUUCCAAGGGAAGUGUGGGUUUAUUUGUGUUCUGAUCCAGUAAUGUGUAUACGCUUUCAAAGUGCUCUGCAAAGUAUUCUGCAAUUUCUUGGUUUGUCUCAAAUGGUUGUUGGGUUGCCCUAUCAACUAUGUUAAAGUUUUUAUGCUUGGACUUGAGGGUACGAGUUAUGUAUGCAUAUAAUUGUUUGUCGUUUGUCAGUAGAUUAUGUUCAUAAGUUUUUCUUGCCCUCACCAUGCACGCUUUAGUUUUGUUGUUGAUACCUCUGAUAGUUAUCUUCAGUUUUGGAUAUUUUAUAUUUAUGCCACACAUUUCUUUUUAGCUGGAUCUCUUUAAAUACUUCUUUAGUCAGCCACGGUUUUUGCUUGUUAAUUUUUUGAGGUCUUAUUGGUAUGUUUAUGUUGAUUGAUUUGUUUAUUGCUUCGUAGAAGGUGUCAAUAUUUGUUUGAUUUGCUACCUUAUGUAACUCCUGCUGGAGUGAGUUGUUGACAGCAUCAUAGUAGCCAGAAGUCUCUUGUAAACCUUGUGAGUUGGCUGAGUUAUAACUUGAAAUUGCGUUGUGGCUGUAAAUACUACAUGGUCACUUUUUCCCAGCGGUGCAUGUUGGUGAAUAUCGAAAAUUAGUUUCUUCUCAUUAGUUAUAAGUAAGUCUAGAAGUGAUUGCUAGGCAUUUCUAAUUCUUGUUGGGAAAUUAACAUGUUGGUGUCCUCUGUGGUUUUUGUAACUCUCCAGGAAGUCAUAACUGCACUGGUUGUGUGGAUGAAUUACUAGUUUGUCCCAGGUGAUUUCAGGGUAAUUGAAGUCUCUCAUGAUAAAAACAGGCUCUUUUAAUGUUAUAGCACUUUCAAUAGCUCGUUUCAGUCCUAAGUUAAGCUUUACGGUUGUUUUUUGCUUUUGUCUAUACAGGGUGAUUCAAAAGUAAGCGGCAUCCUUUCGGGGGCGUAUUCCUUGCAUAAAAAUAAGACAAAAAGUUCCUAUUAACAUAGGUCCGGAAAUGCUUCCUAAGGGAGCUACGCCCCUUCGAAUAACAUCUGAAAGACGUAUUUUUCUCUAUAACUUUGAAACCCUUUACAAUUGGAUUUUGAAAAUUGGUGUAUUUUAUAAACAUUUGAUGGCAAUUAAGAUACUAAAUUGAAAAUUCAAAAAUUUUAAUCAGUGGCGUCACAUACUGGGGAGGGUGAGGGUUAAAACAUCCCUAUUUUUUUACUCGUCAGGUUUUUGCGAUUCUGAUCAAAAAUUCAGAAAGUUUACAGCUUUUUACACAGAAAAGGUACUCUUGGUUCAAUUUGAUACAGCGUACCGUUUACGAGAAAAUUGACUUUGAAAAUUUUCUGAUUUGCGUAUGUUUCGCAAAAACCUGACGAGUAAAAAAAAAUAGGGAUGUUUUCACCCUCUCCAGUAUGUGACACUGAUUAAGAUUUGUGAAUUUUCAAAAUCCAUUUGUGAAGGUUUUCAAAGUUAUACAGAAAAACACGUCUUUCAGGUGUCCUAAUCGAAGGGGCGUAGCUCCCUUAGGAAGCAUUUCCGGACCCAUGUUAAUAGGAACUUUUUGUCUUAUUUUUAUGCAAGGAAUACGCCCCCGAAAGGAUGCCGCUUACUUUUGAAUCACUCUGUAUACACAAGCCACUAGAAACCUAAAAUUGCUAAUUUUAACUUCAAGCCAUAACGAUUCAACUGAACCUGCUGUUUCGAAUCGCUGACUUAUGACUGCAUGUACAUUCUGGCCACCUAUAUCACGUUUGAUAAAUACACAAACACCGCCUCCGUCGGUUCCUCGAUCUUUACGGAACAAGUAGUAAUCUGGUAUACCUAUAAGGCUAUCUGGUAUUUGAUUGGUUAGCUAUGUUUCUGUAAUCAAUAUUACAUGGGCAUUGGUGUUUUGGAUGCUAGCUUUUAGUUCAUCGAGCUUAUUUACCAUGAAACACAAAUUGCUAUACCAAAAGGAGACUUCAACAAGGGACACGUUUAGUUUUUUGAAUUUUCUCUUUCCUCAUUUUGAAAGAAAACUAUUUUUGGAACAUUGUUAAUAUAUCUGACUCUUAUAUUCAUUUCCCCCUUUUGCUUUCGUUCUUCCACAUCACUGAGUAUGGCCUUUAAGUAUGUUCUUUAAAGGGGUGUGUUGUAUGCCAAUUAAAAUAUGUAUACCACCUACAUUAAUCUUUUAUGCUCUCUCUUAUUAUCUUAUAACGGUUGUUGAAAAAAUAAUACAUUUUUUUUUUAGAUAAUUUCGAGGAUAAUUUCAACAUUCUGCAUUUUCUUCUUCGAACCCUAUUAUACCUUGUUUCGUCAAAACACUUUUUAUGUGAAAAUUACCUCAGAAAUCCACUCUCGAGUUGCCUUGAUGUAGUUAAAAAUUAUAACCCAGCCCAGUAUAAAAGAAAAAUUACUCUAAAUAUUUAAAUGGGCAGUCAUAAUAAUACUGUCUAGUUUUAUGCGCUAGUAGUUUGAUGACUGAGUAUAUCGUGACUACCAUAAAACGAUGUAAAAGUAGUAUUGGUGCUGUGACUCAGUGGAAACGUAUCGUUGCUAUUAAUUGUUCCAAAAGCAGACAAAAUUUCGUUCAUUCGCUCUGGACUGUCCACUAUUAUGUGUUCGUGUAAUU